AGCACCGACCCGACAGUCGCGCUCUGGACCCUGGUGCAGCGUCAGCCAGCUCUGUGUGCAGCUCAUAGCCCACGAAGAGACCAACGUACGCUAUGAUCAUGCUGCUCAACGUGGUGCUCGCCUCGGUGAUGGCCGCCACCCUGCCGCUCGCCCUAGCCCACUGUGGGUGCCCGCCCUUUCCCGCCGCCUCCGGGAUGUGCGGCUCGGACCUCGUGACGUACCCCAGCCAGUGCCACCUGCUGAGGUGCGCCACCGUAGUCGGCGUCACCCUGAAGCACCUCGGACCGUGCUCGGUCAACGACACGCUGCAGAAGUGGGAUUCAUGCUCCAAAUACGAACGCCAUUGCCACCGGGUGAGCUGCAGCGAGUGCGGCCCGGAUGACUACUGGUGCGCGGUCAUGUGCGAAUGGAACUGCGACUGCGGCUGCGCCGGAUUCCCGCCGGCGCGAGGCGGCCUGAAUAUCGGCCAGUGGAAGAAGUGCUACGAGAUGCGGUGCCCGGGGGGGUGUAAGACAUUCUGCGAACGAGAGCGAGGGGGUUGGUCGCAGUGUCGUGGGGCGUGCGAGCUCGACCUGCGGAGGUGCCGCUGCGAGUGCUUGCAGGCCCACAACCAGAACACCACCACCACCAACACGGGCGCCACCCAAGACGCCCUAGACGAUUAUUAAAACUCUUUCGAAUUGACCAAUUGUUGGAGGUAGCCCUGCGGCGAGCCGCGUUGCCCGAGUGCCCCUCACGCGCGCGCGCACUCGGUGCACUUUGCAGCGUUGCAACCCGAACGCCAGGCCGGCGUCGACCCAGAGUCCUACUUGACAGCCACGCGGAUGGAAAAAUGGAAAAAUAUUAUUUGUAUAUCAUUUUAAAAUAAAAAUAUAUUUAAGGUAAGACCAUAUCAUUAAACUACAUGAUGAACGAAACUACGCA